UUACAAACAUUGCAAAAGCAAAAACGCGUGGAAAAUCGAAAAAGAGUGCAAUCAAUAUCGGGACAAUUUGGAAAGUUUUACGACGAAAAAUAUAGAAAUCAAAAAGCGAGACGACGAGUAGUUGUCGUUGGCGUAGUUGGUCAUUUUCAUAUUUAGUUUGUACGCUAAACUGUAUUAAAAAACCAUCGCUCUCUUUUCGCUGGUCUCAUCGCUUCCGGAGCGUGGUCGUAGCUGAUACAAGAUUACACUAUCAUCAUUUAGAUAAUCGUCCCACCGAACUUGAGACGCUUGUGUUAUCUUUUGCCGUACGAAAAGCGCAAUGCGUGGCAUAUAGAGGGAUCGAAUGUUUGAGAGUUUACUUUGCCAGUGAGUGACGAUCGUCGGUGUUUAGGUGAACGCAAGUACGAAAACCGAGUGGUGUGCAGUUUCCGGUAGGUUAACACCGUAAGAAGCACCGGCAAGAAUAGUAAUGACGCGCCACGCUUUAUCCGUUGUGGUGCCUCAGGUCCUACGAAUAUGGCGCCGGCAAGCGGGACUACACUUCGUCGUUAGUACGUUCUGCUGGUUCACGUUGAUAUCAUUCGUAUGGUGCGGUGCUAACAAUCUUCACAUGAACGAUGGCGUACGUACGCAGGACAUCAUUGCAGGUGAUGUGUUUUUCGAAAUUCUAGAACCUUCGGCCUUGGAGUACACGUAUCGGUUGCGACCAGCGAAAGAUUUCGGUGGCACGUUUGGCAUUUCAUACAAAUCUCCGCAAGGGAAGCUGGUGCCGGCGAUUCCAGCGGAUGCGUGCUCUGCAAAAUUCGAAAACGCCGAUGAGCUGGAGGGCAACAUUGCACUCGUCGAGCGGGGCCACUGUUCGUUUCUAACCAAAGCCAUCAACGUGGAAGCGAUAGGCGGCGCAGCCAUAAUUGUGACCGAGUAUGAUACGGAGAUCGAUGACUUUGACUACUACAUCGAGAUGGUGCAUGACAAUACCGACCGCGAUACCGACAUUCCGGCUGGAUUUUUGCACGGCAAGAAUGGAAUAAUUAUUCGCCAGACGCUAAAAAAGAUGAACCUACCGUACGCGAUCGUGAACAUUCCCGUCAAUCUCACCUUCAUACAGCCGCACAUGAUAAAUCAACCGCCUUGGUUGCCUUGGUAAACGAGCAAUAAAGCGGUGGUAACUUGAUAUUU